AGCGGCCCAGUUAGUGACGUCACCGGUUGUGAGUUGAACAUGGCAGACUGCGCAGUUUUAGGGUGCGAUCCCGAGGCAGGGACUUCGUUCCACUCGUUACCGAAGGAGCCCGUUCUCAAACAAAAAUGGGUGGCAUUUGUUUAUAGGAAUCGCGUGCAUGUGCCUGACAGCAUAGAGGGAAUCCGUGUCUGUAGCGCGCAUUUUACUGACGACUGCUUCCAGAACCUCAUGCAGAAGUCCAUGGGUUUCGCGAAGAAAUUGAUUCUGAAUCCAGAUGCUGUGCCUACUGUGUAUCCCGGGAUUACAGCAGCCGCGACCGGGAGUCACCACGCAUUUGGCAGACGCUCUUAACCAGAGCGACGUACAACAAAUUGUAUAACCAUAACCAGGAACAAGUGUGUUGAAAACCCAAGAGGGAAGUACAGUUCCAAGUGCAGGGAGCGACCGAGUACAUACUACAUUCCACUUUUACAACAGUCUGCCCACGUGAACAUUUUUAAUGGAAGGUUUUGGAGACCGAGGUGGUUUUUUUUUCUCGUCUAAGAUUUGGACACGUAGGACUGAAGUCGACUUUGCAUAUUGUGGGUAAGAGAGAUUCCGAUAAAUAUUAGGCCUAUGUGAAGUAUACAGUAAGAAAAUGUGAAGUGUGCAUUGUUACAAUGCAGUAAAAUCAAUAGGGCGAGGAAAGUUUUUGUUCUAAAGCAGGUGAGUUUGGAAGAGAGUGGAGUCUUAAGGUAAGGUUGGACACAGGUGUUAAGCAGUGGAAAUUAAACAGGGCACUGUUUAGUUUUCUAAAUAUAUAGACUUAGAGAAUUUAAUUUAAAUAUAAACGUCGUCGUGAUACUGCACACUCCGGCACAGUAGAUGGCGGUAUGCACCUAAUUACACUUUUUAUGAUCCAUACAUAGAAUUCAAAGAAAAAGACGUGGGUACCGCCCACUUUUUAUGUAAACACCGUCAACGGCACGGAGGGAAUCCUCUGAAUAAUAUUGGCCGCAAAGAAGAAUGCAAGCUGUUCAGUUGUAGACUGUAAGUUUACAACGAAAUCUUUACAUCGGAAUCCAGCCGUCCAAAAAUCAGCAGCUUCGUUUUAUUUUUAGUACAAGAUCCCCUGCUCAGCUUAGCAAACAUGCGUUUGUUUGCUCAGGACAUUUCUCCGCGAGCAAUAUUUUAAACGAGAUGGAGUAGACUACAGCGCUGGGUUUGCCUCGAAGUUACUGCUAAAACCGGGCGCUGUCCCAACUGUUCGCGAACCUACUGCAAACGUCCAGUCUGUAAGUAUCUGGGUUUUACCUAAUAAUUUACGAUGAAUUGCCAAUGUUGAUAGCCAGUCAUUUUGAGGUGUAACAGUGGCGAUUUUGUUUUUUUCUCGGCAAUACAGGGCAGGUGUGGACAUGGAAACUUAUUUCCCUUUGUACUGAGGUGUUGGGUGGAUCGAGUUGUGCAUCCAUAAAUUAUCAUGAGAAUGUUAAUCCAACUAAUAUUUCCAGUCGGUGCCGGCAUCAAGGAAAUCCAAUUUAGCGAAAAGGAAAGGAUAUAGGCUGUUGUACACAAUGUAAUGCAAGCUAACGCGCUGUAGCCGAGAAACUUUUCUCACGCUGCCUGUGUGUGGAUAGGUAAGCGAAAAUUUGGAGCCUAUCGCAGCUACAGGUCAUUAUAUAUUUAAAUGAGCAAGGCAAAGCGUGUCGUGUGUUUUUUACUCCGUGUGAGCCAGAGCCAGCCAGGAGAAGCUGCGGAAUUUUUUUUAAGAAUAUUUCGUGGUUUUGGAAAAAGUGUUUGAUUUAAAGGAUUAACAUGGUGAUUGGUCACACUUUCUAGGUUUUUAUAUGCUAUUUGAACAAGAGGCAUUGAAGAAACACGAUGCAAGUACAGUAUUAAGUAUGUCAGUUCUUUAGUUUGGAGAAGUAAGUAGGCGUGUUCAAUUUAUCGUCCGGUUCAACCGGUUGAGAAUGUUCUCGUCGUAGUGCGUCACACGAGGAUAACCACUCCCCUGUCCACGCCCUGUAAAGAAAUCUGACUGGGCCAGAGACUGUAAAAGGACUGGACACACCUCCUGCUUUCCACCUUCUAUCGAGUACGCUCAAUACACAUUUCCAACUCUCAUAGCUGUCCCACACUUUAUCAAUCCAUCCAUCACUUACUCAUUCACUCACUCACUCACACAUUCACACACUCAAAACCCAAAGGCACUUCUAAGAGCCAUGCUCUCUGCAUCUCUGUCUUUCGCUCUACCUUAGUCUCUCUCCAUCUCUCUCUCUCUCUCUCUCUCUCUCUCUCUCCCCCCCCCUCACUCUCUCUGCUGUAGUCUUGCUCUUUCUGUCUUUCCCUCUCGUUAUGAGCAAAGUUCAUUUCACCUGUGCAGUGGCAGGCUGCACUGCCUCUAACGUGUCCAUGCACACCCUUCCACGGGACACAGCUUUGCGCCGGGAGUGGGUCAACUUCAUAUUUUCCAACGAAGUGCCAGAGAACGUCAGCCAGCACCUGCGUCUCUGCACUGCCCACUUCUCGCCGGACUGCAUCGGGAAUCAGGCCAGGUACAACGCCGGGUUCGCCUCGAAGUUGCUCCUGACGCCAGGAGCCGUUCCUACCGUGUUGAAGCCAGCUUCGCAUAUUCAACAGAAGAGGAUGGGUUUUGCCAAGACAACGUUUAUAAAGCCAGAUGCUGUACCAACUAUCAUUCAAGAUCAAGAUAAGGUGUGCGAAGCCAAACCCGAUAGCGACGCGGAGGAGGAGGAGGAGGAGGCGGAGGGGGAGAGAGUGCCCCACGCAGUUGCGGAGAUGUGCCUCCUGACCGCGCUCAGGUGGCAGAGGCAGCAGCGGGAGGCCCUGCCUCAACACCGGCGUGUGCUCAGGGAGCUCCACUCCCUGGCCUCCAGGAAGAGAGAGAUGACGAUCAGCGGCCCUGCAGACAGCAGCGCGGCGUACGCUGGUGGAAACCCGUCCAAAAGGACACGCCCGGAGCGGGCCGUUCAGCGCUGGGUUCGAGUGACAGAGGAAGGGGAGCAGCUCGGCGGAGGAGGGCUGUACACGCACGGCACCGCUCCAGAACUCAGCCGAGUCGAGGACCUGGUCAAGGUGGAGGUGGAGGUGGAGGUCGCGGACGGUGCGAAACUGGCGUUGGGAACCCGGCGGCGUCCCGGCCGAGCCGGAGCGGCGCCCGUUUCUGGGGGACGCGCCGGGGCCGAGCGGGACGGCGAGUCGGCGGACUUUACCUGCGCCGACGGCAGAUCAAGCGAUAAACUGAAAUGCGAGCCCGCCGAAAUCUCGAUUAGCGAUCGCGCGGGCGCGGACGAAUGCGGCUGGGGAUGAUCGGUGGAAACCUGGACUGGACUGAUUGCAGUGUGGCCAAGAAGUGAAUCCACAUAUGGAAAGUAUAAACAUAUAUAUUUUUUGUAUUCUUAUUAUUUUUAUAUAAAAAAAAUUUUUUCACAAGAAACAAUUGGAAAAACGAUUUUUUGAACCAUAGGAAGACUCACUGAAUGUGGGAACGGUUAAAAAUGGGUGCAAGACCUAAAAUGAUACUGGACAGUCUUAACAUGCAUGCCUAAUCGGUGAGUGGUAAAGUGGUGCGGUGUGUGCACACCAGUGCUGCGUUACCGGUUAGGCUGUCUGCCAGCCCACCCAUAGCAUACCUUUAUUAUUCUGGUGUUUAUCAUCAAGCCAUUUCAGGAACAGAAUUUCUUUUUGUUCAGGCAUAAAAAU